GAAAUCAAGUAUGUAACGACCAACAACGUCGUAGACGUCAUACCGAUGAGACGAGGGUAUAAUCAACGGUCACUGUUCGGAAACAGAAAUUGUUGCCUUAAAGUUGCCUGCUUUUUUGAUGGUGGCUGGGGUGCAUUUUACAACAAAUAUUCGGUGUGAUUAAUUAAUUACAGUGUACAGCUGUCAUUGCAGCACAAAUAACGUACUGUUUAACAAUUGCGUAUAUUUUGGUGAAUGUAUAAAAGCCGGCUUGAUCGUGUGAAGAUAGUUGCAGCUGCGUCAAGAUGCAAGUAAACGCAUAACUCCAACAUUUGAGGUUUCCAGCCCUGGCGGCGCACGGGAGGUCAGUGCACGUCACGCAGUUAUUGUCUUUAGACGAGGAAUAUUUGUUGGAUUCUCUCGGCUCGGGGUGAAAUACGUGAAAUUCCUGGGAAUCUCUCGCGGUUGAACAUUGCCAGGCAGUGCGCGAGAGCCUCAGGUAAAAAAACCUCAGUGACAAGGGUGGACAUUUGAUUUCCCCAACGAAUCAGUUUUUCUCCGGUUAAACCGUUCUUGUUCAUCGUCGGAGCCGUCGUCUUUUCUUCGUCUUCAUCGUCGUCGGUCUCGUCGUCGUCGUCAUCAUCGUCUACUUGUGAAGUGUUGUGUAUAUCACUAAAAACGCUAUCUCUCGGUUUACUACGUCGAAUAAACUUGCUCCAUCCUCUGGGACAGACAGAUUGUACAGCAGGUUAUGUCAGCUGGAUUGGCAGGAGCUGUUUCAGAUCAGCGGAUGAAAGGACAACCCAACAAUCAGGUAAGCAAUGGUCCCAAGGAGCACCAGCAACAACAGCAACAGGCGGAACACGUGGCUGGGGAAGACACAGGGUUUGAUUCAUGGAGAGGAGGAAAUAAUGUUCAACAUCACUCCAGCUACCCGAUCGGUACAGGUGACCCAUAUACACCGUAUUAUGGCACUUCAUUCCCCUACCAGGCGUUUGGAGCGGGAGACGGCACUUGGUCAAACGGAACGGACCCGGUCGCGUUUCUCUCAGGAUAUGGAGGACAGAUGGGUCACGACUCGUACGGAAUGGAUGGGAUGUUUUCAGCAAGCGCAGGUGGAGGAUUUAGUACUUUUGGCCAACCAACAUUUAAUUACUUUCAUGGAAACGGGGACUAUAGCACAUGGGGUACGCCGAGAAAAGCACGUUACGAAGACUAUUACCAAGCACCAAGGGGUAACGAGAAUUACCCGACGCCUGGUGGGGCGGAAAUGAAAUCUGUAGAACAAAGUGUACAAGGUUUGUCUAUUGGAAGUGACACAUCACGACAGGAACAGCAGUUACCACCUAAUCAGCAACAGUCUAACAAAACUGAGUCUAAAGAACCCAAGAAACUGACAUGGGCAAGCGUAGCCAGCCAACCUGCAAAGCCUGUACCACCUCUUUCUGCUUCCCAGGGUAUGAAGAAGAAGGCAGGAAUGCCUCCACCUCCAAUGGUCCCUGGAAAACAUAAUAUGGAUAUUGGGACUUGGGGUGAGGGAAAAACCUCAGCUCCACCACCAAAAGCCCCUCCCCCACCUCAAGUACAACCCCCAGUUCCAUCCCCACCUCCUCCUGUUCAGAGACAAAGGCCACGGCCACUUCCUUCCUGGGUCCAACAACCUACAACCCCACCUUCACCCCCUCCGCCGCAAAUGCAGAUCCCACAACAAGUAGCCCCUCCUCCACCGACGCACCCCGUUUUAGAUGAGUUAAAGGUAAAAAAUGACUAUAAUCCCACAGAAUUUGACCAGUCUGCACCAGGCGCUAGGUUUUUUGUCAUUAAGUCAUACUCCGAGGAUGACAUUCAUAGAUCUAUAAAAUAUGAAAUCUGGUGCAGUACGGAACAUGGCAACAAGAGGCUAGACCAAGCUUACAGGGAUGCUAGUCGGGAUGGAGCUCCGUUGUAUCUAUUUUUUUCUGUCAAUGGAUCAGGCCAUUUCUGUGGAAUGGCACAGAUGGUGUCUUCGGUUGAUUAUCAGAGCAACAGUUCUGUUUGGUCUCAAGACAAAUGGAAGGGACAAUUUAGAGUGCGUUGGAUUUAUGUAAAGGAUGUUCCGAACGUUCAGCUGCGACAUAUUCAUUUGGAAAAUAAUGAAAACAAAUCUGUUACCAACUCAAGAGAUGCCCAGGAGGUACCCCAUGCACGCGGUCUACAAGUGUUGCGCAUUUUGCACACUUAUCGACACUCUACAAGUAUUUUCGACGACUUUGGACACUAUGAACGAAGGCAGGCUGAAGAAGAUCAACGAAAGGCACCGCCUAAUCCUAUACAACAUCAUCAUCCCCCUCCCAAUCACAGGGGUAGGGGCCAUUCGGGUGAACCUCCUCAUCAUCAUCAUCAUCACCAGCACCAACAACAUCAACAUCAACAUCCACACCAACAGCACCCGCAUCAGCAUCAACGCAAGGAACGUGAGGGUGGUCGAGGAAGAGGACGUGGAGGUCCUCGCCAGUAGCAACGAUUACAAAAGAAGCAUAAUGAUAAUAACAAUAACCACCAUGAAAGAAGGACGCUCCGACUAAUUAUCAAAAUAUUAAUUACCCCUUCGCUUAUUCCCCGGACCUUCAAAGGGCUUUUCACUGCUGUGGGAGGAGUCACGUCUUUAAAGCUAACCCCUUUUGUUAAACGAUUGAUCUGUACGAUAAUUAGCAUUGCAUUGAACAUCCCAAUUAUUAUCUCAUAAAGUUUAUUGUGAACGAGAUUAUUCUAUUUCAUCGGAUUAUGAUAAACGUGCACACGUUUAAAAGUAUAAAGUGUAGUGUAUCGUGCAAAUGAACGAAAGGUGUUUCAUAAACGUACAAAUUAAAAAAAUAUCUAACAAAAAGUAAAACGCAGAACUGACAGAAAACCCAAAAAAAUAUAAAAUGAUAAUAAAACAAAAAAAACUAUGAUGUGGACUAACAUGUAAAAAUGCUUGAACGGACUUUUGUUAAAAAUCAAGAAAUGACGAUAGUUUGAGCAAGUGCCGGUUUGGAUUACCUUUUUGAAACUGCAAUGAACAUUAUAAUCUGGUGCCUGCAACUAAAAAAGCCCUCCCUUCUUAAUUGAAAUAAUACUGUGCGGAGGCUCCCCACGAGGUUUUAUGUUUUCUAUGUAAUUAUGCUCGAUCAAUGGAUAAUAACAAAUUAUUGCCAGCUGGUUGUUUUAGAAAUAUAAAUAAUUAUCUAUUGCGAAUUAUAAUAUUACCAAUUAUUAUAUUAGUCGUGGACCGCAGCAAAUGAUUUAAAAUUAUUACACGAGCAGAUGAAAUAAUAUUACAGUUACUCUAUUGUGACAUGAAUUAUGAUUGUACUAUUUGAUAAGAAUUCCAUGAGAUAUGGUUCUCAUUGUUAACAGUA